AUGGCCCAUCGAGCCAGGCGGCCUAUUGAGCAGUUUAGAUCACUCUGGCAAGCUUCUUUGGAUGCUACCAAGAAAGAACUUUUCGUGGUUAUAGCUCUCUCAUGGAAUGUGGAAGACUUGAUGCCACCAACUGAGAGGUUCAUUUUUAAUUUCAAUUCUAAGGAAGAGCUAAAGAACUGGCAUCUUUAUUCUGAUUCUGAGUAUGGAGGUUUGUCCUCAGCUUCGUUGGAGAUCACGGAUGAGGGAAAUGGACUAAGAGGAGUUUUCUCUGGUAACCUGUCAUUGGAUGUUGCUGAGGGUGCAAAGUGGAAUAUUAGUCGGAGUGGUUUCUGUGGAAUGCGGUCCAAGAAGUUUGAUGGUUUCAUUGAUCUAGAUGCAUAUGAUACAAUAGCUCUAAAGCUUAAAGGUGAUGGAAGAAGCUACAUAUCCACUAUUUAUACUGAGAAUUGGGUGAAUUCACCCGGACAAAUGGAAGAUAAUUCAUGGCAAUCCUUUGUUUUUGUACCCAAAGACAACUGGUAUAUUGCAAAGAUACCUCUGGCCCGAUAUUUGCCGACAUGGAGAGGAAAUGUUAUAGAUGCAAGCAUGGAAAUGAAUCCAUCUCGCAUUCUCAGCAUGUCACUAUCUGUCAAUGCAGAAGGUGGGAUCCCUGGUGCUAGAUCUGGACCAGACGAGAUUAUUUUCAACUCCAACGCCCGCAGAAUCCAUUUUUUUGUUGCCACGAAGAUGCCAAACGACAUCCGUUCCAAAUUUGAACAUAAUGUAUUCUCAAGAAUGGCAAAUGGAGGAGAAGAGAAAGGGAAAAGCAAUGACUUUUAUCAAGUUUUGGGGUUGAAUAAGGAAUGCACGGAUACAGAGCUCAGGAAUGCUUAUAAGAAACUUGCGCUGGGCAAUGAAAUCGAUUUCUGGCUUGAUCGAUGUUCAGCUUCGGGAAAUUCUAAGUUCGUUGAAGAAGCCAAAAAGAAGUUUCAGGCAAUUCAAGAGGCCUAUUCUGUUCUUUCUGACACCAACAAGAGGUUUCUUUACGACGUAGGUGUUUCUGACAGUGAUGACGACGAAAAUGGAAUGGGUGAUUUUCUGAAUGAAAUGGCUGUUAUGAUGAGCCAAACAAAGCCUAGCGAAAAAGUGGAGGAGAGCUUUGAGGAAUUGCAAGAAUUAUUUGACCAAAUGUUCCAAGAGGAUCUGGGUUCGUUUGGGAUUGGCUGUCAGGCUGCUACUACAUGUCCUACUUCUUAUGUGUCAUAUAGCGAUACUUCCAACUCAAAUAACAAACGUGUUUCUGUUGAUGUGAACUUGGGGAAGACUAAGGUGGAUGAUUCUUCUGGCUUCAACUCUCACUUUGAGAAUUUCUGUCUGGGUGUGGAACACCAGCAACCUUUCAAGAAGGGGAAGGGAGCAAGAGGAGGAGGAAUUCAAGGAGGAGCCGGCGGUAGACAGAGGCAAGGCAGGAAACAAAAAGUUACAUCUGGCUAUGAUGUCUCCUCUCAGGACUAUGGUAUUUCUGCUUCAUGA